GCCGAGGCAAGCGAGCUGAUCAACCUCAGCACCAAGUUGGGCGAGGUCAGCGGGUGCUAUGGCCUUGACGAAGACGGCGCCACCGUCAAGCUGCCCCCGGACGACAAGCUACUCCGCGUGAACCAGCUCAUCGCGCGGGCCGCCCCGGACAAUUUUCACUGGGCGAGGGUUGACUUCCGCGCCAAGCGGCACUACUCCGCUCUGCCUGAGUACCAGUGGGCCCUCUACUUCGGGAAGACCCCCGAGGGCGAGCUCCCCUGA